GUAAAAAAAAUUGUGUAUUUAAAAUGGAAAAAUUGUGCCGCACUUGCGCCCAACCAUCAAAUACUCUAAGCGAUAUAUUUGCACCAAUGAUGAUCACAAUGAGGGAAGAGCAACAAUUUUCCUGCAUGGCGGACUUGGUCAACGAACUCCUUGGCUUCGACAUGGUAAAAAACAUUAGUGAUGCACAGCCCCAAUAUAUAUGUCACUUUUGCAUUAAUGCUACAAAAGCUGCUGUCGACUUCAAGCGCAAUGUUGCAAAAUGCAACCAAAAUUAUAUCCAGCUAAUGCAAGUGAAGGAAGAGCCGGAGGAGAAGAGGGUAAUAAGAGGAAGGCAUAAAGUGGCGGAAUUCAUUAAGGGAGAACAAGAACUUAAUGCCAUUUGCGCUAUGAUCGAAAUCGAGCACCUGGAAGGAUACUCGCCGAACAAGUCACAAGUUGAAUCAAUGCCCCAUAAGUACAAGACUCGGCUAAGUGCAAGCUCCAACAAAACCAAUCAGAAAUCCAACAUUAUACGGCAAACAAAAAGCAACAGCAGCCGCAGCAGCAGCAGCAAUAACAAAUGUCCUUACUGCAAUUUUACGCUGAGCACCCCUGGCAACCUGAAGAGUCACAUUCGCCGGCACACCGGAGAACGUCCCUUCAAGUGUGACUACUGCCCGAAAUCGUUUCUACAGAAGAUAAACUUGAUUGUGCACACGCGUGUACACACUGGCGAGCGUCCCUACCAAUGCGCCUCUUGCCCGAGGUCCUUUGCCCAGGUUGCUGGUCUUCUUUAUCACGGUCGCAAAUUUCCAGAACAUCAGCUGAACAAGAAACCAAAGAUUAUUUAGAACAAUUACAUAUUAAAAUAAAAGAUAAUAAAUUUAGAAUAUAAUACUUAAGA